GUGGGUGUUGUGUUGUCCUUUCCAUCUUUAUACUGGGAGGAUGCUGUGGACUUGCAGCCUUCAUCAGUUAGUUCAGCCUAUAAUCACCUCUACCUCUUCCAUCUGACAACACUGGCACACAUAACACAAAUCGUCAUCUCUUCAGCAACAGAAUCCCCUACGGCUCGGUCAUCUGACAGCAGUGAGGAGGCCUGCUCUGCACAGUCUUUCUGCAGAGAGGUUUGCCAGUACACCAGUGGUUGCUUUAGCCAGGAUGUUCCAGGCUCGUUUGUGUGGGAUUGUGUUAAAAAAGGCAUCCUGCCUUACCUUCGUUGUGCUGCUUUAUUUUUUCAUUAUUUGCUGGGAGUUUCUCCACCUGAGGAACUACUACAAGUUUCUGAAGAAGGGCAAUUCAAGGCACUUUGUAGUUACCUCUCUCUACCUACCAAUUUGUUCCUGCUCUUCCAGGAAUACUGGGACACCGUAAAUCCACUGCUUCAAAGGUGGUGUGCUGACCCGAUGGUGUUAAGUUGUUUGAAGGGGAAAAGCAUUGCAGUAAGGUAUCCUAGGAAAAGAAAUAGUUUAAUAGAGCUUCCUGAAGACUAUAGCUGCCUUCUGAACCAAGCUUCUCAGUUUAGGUGUCCACGGUCUUCUGAUGAUGAGCAAAAACAUCCAGUAUUGUGUUUAUUCUGUGGGGCUAUGUUGUGUUCCCAGAAUACUUGCUGUCAGGAACUGGUGAAUGGGGAGGAGCUGGGAGCCUGUACUUCUCACGCUCUUCAGUGUGGAGCUGGAGUCUGUAUGUUUCUCAAAAUCAGGGAAUGCAAAGUUGUCCUCAUUGAAGGUAAAACCAGGGGCUGCUUAUAUCCUGCUCCCUACUUGGAUGAAUAUGGAGAAACAGAUCCAGGACUUAAAAGAGGCAAUCCCCUCCACUUGUGUCGGGAGCGUUACCGGAAGCUCCAUCUGCUGUGGCAGCAACACUGCAUCAUAGAGGAGAUUGCCAGGAGCCAAGAAACAAAUCAGAUCUUCUUUGGAUUCAACUGGCAACUGCUCUGA